AACUUAAUUUUCUUUCUAAAUAGUACAAUGACAUCUGUUUUUUGAUAUAAUAACAAUUUUUUUUUUUGCAAUGAUUGACGCUCUAUGAGACGCUAUAGGCAUUUCCCAUACGCAUGACACCAAUUUAUUAAUCGUAUGUUCGUGUCAGCUAGGAAAUAAAAAUAUCUUAUCUCUGCUAGUGUCUUAAAGUGUUCAGUGUAAUAUUCAUAGCAGACCUUGAAAUUUUUUUCAAAUUUUCGUUUGAAAUUUAUAUUAUAAAGCAAGAUAAUUGAUAAUAUAAAAUCUUAUAAAAAGACCAAAAUGCAAUAAAAUUAGAAAAUUUGUUUCAUAGUAAUAUUAAAUAAUGAGCGAAAAUUUUGAUGGUUUGGAAGGAAACGACGUUGAUGCAACAGAAAUAUGUACAUCAUCAAUAACACAAAAUCCUGUUAAGGGUCAACAAAUACCGAUAGUUAUUGAACCUCCACUUUCCAAAAGUAUGACGAAAAGUUUCCCAACUAGAGAUGAGCGUGUAGCUAUUAAUGAUGACAGCGUAAUCACACCGCAUGUUAUUGCAAUGGUUGGACUUCCAGCUCGAGGAAAAACCUACAUUGCUAAAAAAUUGACUAGAUAUUUAGCAUGGAUUGGAAUAAACACAAAGGUUUUUAAUUUGGGGGAAUACAGAAGACACGUCGCAGGAGAUUAUCAAAAUCAUGACUUCUUUCGUGCUGACAAUGUGCAAGCAAUGGCAAUUAGAAAUAAAUGUGCACUGGUUGCUCUUGAUGAUGCAUGUGAUUGGAUAAAAAAUAAGAAAGGAAAUGUUGCUGUUUUUGACGCCACAAAUUCAACUUUGGAACGAAGGGAAUUGAUUUACGACAUUGUUGUAAGAAAAAAUGGUUUGAAAUUAUUUUUUGUUGAAUCCGUUUGUAAUGAUCCACAAAUAAUAGAACAAAAUAUAAUAGAAGUAAAAAUCAAUAGUCCAGAUUAUUUAGAAAUGAAAAAGCAAAAAAAGGAUAAAGGGGAAGUUGAGAAAUUAAUCUUAGAUGAUUUUCAGCAAAGAAUAUCACACUACCAAGAAAAAUAUCAAACUCUUGACGAAACUAUCGAAUCACAUUUAUCAUUUAUGAAAAUAUUCGAUACGGGUAAAAAAGUUGUUGUGUAUAACAGUAGAGGACAUUUACAAUCUCGUGUUGUUUAUUUCCUAAUGAAUAUUCAUAUAACUCCAAGAUCAAUUUAUUUUACAAGACAUGGUGAGAGUGAAGAAAACGUCAAAGGUUUGAUCGGUGGCGAUGGCAAUCUCAGUUUAAGAGGUCAGGAAUACGCAAAACUUUUAGCAGAUAAAAUUAAUAAAAAAAAAUUGAACGAAUUACGUGUUUGGACGUCUUGCAUGAAACGAUCAAUUCAAACAUGUAAAGAUAUUAAUGCUCCACAAGAAAGAUGGAAGGCUUUAAAUGAAAUCAAUGCUGGCGAAUGUGAAUUAAUGUCUUAUACCGAAAUAGCUGCAAGAUUUCCAGAACAAUUUGAGCAACGUGACCAAGAUAAAUUCCACUUUAGAUACAAUGGAGGGGAAAGCUACGAAGAUUUGGUUGCUCGUUUAGAACCAGUAAUCAUGGAGCUAGAAAGACAAGGGAAUGUUUUGGUUGUAUCCCAUCAAGCAGUUUUAAGAUGUCUUUUAGCUUAUUUCUUGGACAAAAGCAUAGACGAACUUCCUUACAUUGAGGUGCCUCUGCACAACAUAAUCAAAUUAACCCCAGUUGCAUACGGGUGUAAAAGGGAAGACAUUAUGAUAGAUGUUCCAGCUGUAAAUACCCAUAGACCAAAACCUGCUAAAUACGUUAUGAAUUGGGAAAAUAAUGUAGAGCUAUUAAGUCAAACCAAAGAAGAAAGCUGAAAAAGAUUUUUAUGGAAACAGAAAUAUGUUUUUAAAAUUUUUUUAUGGUACAGUUACUCUAUUGAAAAAUUAAAAAGGUUUUGAUAAAUUACUGUUAUUACUUUUUAAAUAAUAUAGAAUUUUUAAUAUUUUUAACAUAA